UGACUCGGCCCUUUCCGCCCCGCUCCCGCCCCGCGCCCGGGUCGCUGCGCUGAGACCCCGCGCCCCCGCCGCCCCCCGCCGCCACCAUGAUCAUCUACCGGGACUGCAUCAGCCAGGAUGAGAUGUUCUCGGACAUCUACAAGAUCCGGGAGGUGGCGGACGGCCUGUGCCUGGAAGUGGAGGGGAAGAUGGUCACCAGGACAGAGGGUCAAAUUGAUGACUCUCUAAUUGGUGGCAAUGCCUCUGCUGAAGGUCCAGAGGGAGAUGGAACAGAAGCCACGGUCAUAACUGGUGUUGACAUAGUAAUUAACCACCACCUUCAGGAGACCAGCUUCACAAAAGAAUCCUACAAGAAGUACAUCAAGGAUUACAUGAAAGCAAUCAAAGCCAGACUUGAGGAACACAAGCCAGAGAGAGUAAAGCCUUUCAUGACUGGGGCUGCAGAACAAAUCAAACACAUCCUUGCCAAUUUCAAAAACUACCAGUUCUUUGUAGGGGAGAACAUGAAUCCAGAUGGAAUGGUGGCUCUCCUGGAUUUCCGUGAGGACGGUGUGACCCCAUAUAUGAUUUUCUUUAAGGACGGCUUAGAAAUCGAGAAAUGUUAACAAAUCAAACAGUAUGGUUUUGGAUCACUUGUCUUCAUAGCUGGCUGCUGUUUCUUCUUCAUCGGCACAACACCAGGAAUCAGCAAUGUCUAACUGGACUGAUGUCAUCUUGAGCUUUAUUCACUUAUUUUGACCCUGAUUUGGAGUGGAGGCAUUGUUUAAAAAAAACGAAAAAACAUCUAUCAUGUAGGUUGUCUAAAAUAAAACUCAUUUAAACCCA